AUUCCAUGGAAGCAAGUUUUUGAAAUUUUUGUUUUUCGAAACACACAAAACAUGAGAGGUUUGGUUUAUAGAAACAUCCGAAGCACUUUUUCUCAAAGCUAUAUCAUACCUUCGUUUUCCCUGUUUUUUCCGUUUCCCCACUAAUUCUCUCUCUCUCUCUCUCUCUAAAAGGUUUGUUUCCUAACAACCUUUACCUUCUUCCUCAUCCCUAACUGCUUCCUCAGUGAGCUUUUUCUGUUUUAGCGAAUGCCGUUUCGGAGUUUGUUUUCCGAAAGCGUGUUCCGGCGACGGUGAUCGUAGCUCGGCAAGUUCUUGUACGUGUUUUGUUUGAGGAAAUUGUUUUGAUACGGCGUUGAAAAGGAGGAAUCGAGCUCCCUUCGGUUGUUUUUUUGUUUUGUUUUUUUGAGGGUUGUUUUCAUGCAACGUUGAAGAAUCCCUAGUCCGGCGCAUACGAAUAUUUGAAAUUUGAGUUUGGAGGGGCGGGGUGGUGAUUUCUGAUCUGAAUUUGGGGUUUUAUGCUGCGCGUUCGGCAAUGUCACCUCUGACAUUGUUCGAAUUUGAAGGAUGAGGCAAUAAAAGGGAGCUAAAAAAUUCAAAAUUUUUGCGGAAGUUCGUGAUUAAUAAAGGUUGAUUCGGUGAUUCGAGUUGAGGGAUUUGGCAUCAUGUUGUCGGCGGUGUCGCCUUCAAGUGUCGUGCGUAGCUCGCUGGAGGAGAUGCUGGACUCACUCCGGCGAAGGGAUGAGACUGAAAAGCCAAAGGAUUUGCCACCGGCAUUGCCGGCUCGCCCUACCUCUAGAGCUCGGUUGCCAUCGGCGAGGAAGUCCUUGCCAAACAACUUCAAGGUUGGUGAUGAUGCUCCUGAGUACUCCCCUUGUGGUUCCUUAGCAAUGGAAGAGGUAAAGAGGAAGGCUGUUUCCUCCAGUAGGGAGCAGAAGGAAUUGGGAUUCAAGUUUGGUAGUUUCGGGAGCAAGAAGUUGAAAGGAGUGCACCCUGGCGAGUCCCCGUAUGUAAUGCCGUCAGAAGACGAAACUUCUGAAAAGAAGAGGUUGUUGGAGGAGACCGAGAGGGUGGACCUCGCCGCUGCAUCUUGCACAUCGUCACCGAAGAUUCGGGAUUCUGAGUGGGAUGACAACAUUGAAUAUUUUUUUAAGAAGAAACUUAGCGUCUGGUGUCAGCUGCCUAGUGGAAAGUGGGAUUUGGGGAAGAUAAAAUCAACAUCUGGUGAGGAAGCCUCUGUAUUGCUCUCAGAUGGAAAUGUUGUCAAAGUGCGUACAGGAGAGCUCUUACCUGCAAACCCUGAUAUCCUUCAGGGUGUGGAUGAUCUUAUACAGCUUAGUUAUUUGAAUGAACCGUCAGUUCUUUACAAUCUUCAGUACAGAUAUUCUCAAGACAUAAUUUAUAGUAAAGCAGGGCCUGUUUUGAUUGCAAUGAAUCCUUUCAAAGGUGUACAAAUUUUUGGAAAGGAUUUUGUUGACGCUUAUAGAUACAAACUCAGGGACGGCCCUCAUGUUUAUGCUGUAGCAGAUACUGCCUAUAAUGAGAUGAUGGAAGAGGAGGUUAAUCAGUCCAUCAUUAUAAGUGGAGAGAGUGGAGCUGGGAAAACUGAGACAGCAAAAAUUGCAAUGCAAUACUUGGCCGCACUUGGUGGUGGUAGUAGCGGGGUAGAGUGUGAAAUCCUUCAGACAAGUUGUAUACUAGAAGCAUUUGGAAAUGCCAAAACAUCCAGGAAUGACAAUUCUAGCAGAUUUGGAAAAUUGAUUGAAAUUCAUUUUAGCAUAGCAGGGAAGAUUUGUGGUGCUACAAUCCAAACAUUUCUUCUAGAAAAGUCAAGGGUAGUUCAGCUGGCAAAUGGGGAACGGUCAUACCAUAUCUUUUAUCAACUUUGUGCUGGUGGACCAUCCUGUCUUAAAGACAAACUGAAUCUUAAAAUGGCAAGUGAGUACAAAUAUCUUAAUCAGAGCAACUGCUUAGCGAUUGAUGAUGUUGAUGAUGCUCAGAAAUUUCAUAAGCUUGUGGAAGCAUUAGAUGAUGUCCAGAUUAGCAAAGAAGAUCAGGAACAUGUGUUUGAAAUGCUUGCUGCAGUGUUAUGGCUGGGAAACAUAUCAUUUCAAGUAAUUGACAGUGAAAAUCAUGUGGAGGUGGUGGCUGAUGAAGCUGUAACCAGUGCUGCUAGGUUGAUGGGUUGUAGUGCCCAGGACCUGAUCUUAACUUUAUCUGCCCGAAAAAUACUAGCUGGAAAGGAUGCUAUUUCCAAAAAGCUUACGUUGUGGCAGGCAAUUGAUGCAAGAGAUGCUUUGGCCAAGUUUAUCUAUGCCAAUGUGUUUGACUGGCUUGUAGAACAGAUCAACAAGUCACUGAAAGUGGGGAAACAGAUAACUGGAAGAUCCAUUAGUGUCCUAGAUAUUUAUGGAUUUGAGUCAUUUCAGAAGAAUAGCUUUGAACAGUUCUGUAUAAACUAUGCAAAUGAAAGGCUGCAACAGCAUUUCAACCGGCAUCUGUUUAAACUUGAGCAGGAGGAAUAUGAGUCAGAUGGGAUUGACUGGACAAAAGUGGAUUUUGAAGAUAACCAAGAGUGUUUAGAUCUUGUUGAGAAGAAACCUUUAGGGCUGCUGUCCUUGUUGGAUGAGGAGUCAAAUUUGCCCAAAGCGACUGAUUUAACCUUUGCAAAUAAGCUGAAGCAGCACUUGAAUGCUAACCCUUGCUUUAGAAGUGAAAGAGGUGGGGCUUUUGGCAUUCGUCAUUAUGCUGGAGAGGUUCUAUAUGAUACGAGUGGCUUCUUGGAAAAGAAUAGAGAUCCAUUGCACCACGAUUCCAUCCAGCUCCUCUCAUCAUGUAGUAGGAAACUACCUCGAUUGUUUGCCUCCAAUGUGCUUAACCAAUUCCAGAAACCUGCAAGCCACUCAAGUCAGUCAGGUGUGUUGGAUUCCCAGAAGCAAAGUGUUGGAACAAAGUUUAAGGGUCAAUUGUUCAAGUUGAUGCAGCAGCUAGAAAGUACCACCCCUCGCUUCAUACGUUGUAUAAAACCUAAUGGUAAGCAGCUUCCAGGUAUGUACGAGAAGGACCUUGUCUUACAGCAGCUCAAGUGUUGUGGAGUUUUGGAGGUUGUGAGGAUCUCAAGGUCUGGGUAUCCUACUCGAAUGACACAUCAAGAGUUUGCAAGAAGGUAUGGAUUUCUAUUUUUGGAGAAUGAUGUAUCUCAGGAUCCAUUGAGUAUGUCAGUUGCCGUUCUAAAGCAAUUUAAUGUCCUCCCUGAUAUGUACCAAGUUGGUUUUACGAAGUUAUAUUUCCGAACUGGGCAGAUUGGUGCAUUGGAGGAUGCAAGAAAACAAGUUGUGCAAGGCAUAGUUGGGGUUCAGAAAUGCCUCCGUGGUCAUCAAGCUAGGAGCCUAUUCUACGAGCUACAGAAUGGAGUAAUUACACUGCAAUCAUUUGUACGUGGAGAAAAUACUAGGAAGGAGUAUGAUGUUUUGGUAAAGAAGUGUAGGGUUGACAUGCUCACAAAGAAGCGUAUGAAAGUGCAGUUUGCUCCAGAAACACUUGAUAAGCAGCAGAGGGCUAUCAUACAGAUACAAUCCAUAAUCCGUGGCUGGCUGGCUAGAAAGCAUUUUGAUGGCAUGCGGAAUGGGAAAUUGUUGAAUUUCAAGAAUGCUAAUUCUGAAAGAAUGCCAUAUAGGAAGAAUUCGGAAAUGAAGGGACGUGUUCAGGCUAUGCCUCCAACUAUGGCAGACCUUCAAAGGCAGGUGCAGAAGGCAGUAGCAGCUCUGGACCAAAAGGAAGAGGAAAAUGCUGUGCUGCAGGAGCAAGUACAACAACUUGAGAGAAGGUGGUUAGAGUAUGAGGCAAAGACAAAGACAAUGGAGGACAUGUGGCAAAAGCAGAUAGCAUCUUUGCAAAUGAGCCUAGCUGCGGCAAAGAAGAGUCUUGCUUCUGACAACAGUGCAGGUCAGCCCGGAAGGCUUGAUUCUUCUCCAUCACCUUAUUAUGAUUCUGAAGAUACGCCAAUGGGUCAAACUCCUGGUGGAAGCACACCCGUUAAAUUUUCUAAUGCUACUGCUGAUAUUGGAGCAGGACACGAGACCAAUGGCAGUGUGAAUCUGGUUGGUCACCUAGCAAAGGAGUUUGACCAGCGGAAACAGAUAUUCGAUGAUGAUGCCAAAUCCCUUGUUGAGUUUAAAUCAGCACGUGGGGCUUGUAAUACAAAUCCUGAUGAUGAACUCCGGAAGCUAAAACAAAGGUUUGAAAGCUGGAAGAAGGAUUACAAGGCUCGGUUGAGGGAGGCAAAGUCAAGGAUUCAUAAGCUUGGGCAUUCAGAAGCGGAAAAAGGUCGCCGUAAAUGGUGGGGGAAGAGAAGCUGGGUGACAUAAUAGUGGUUCGAUGAAACAUCAGAGAUUCAGAUCCAUCUGGGUGGUUUGAUGAAACAUCAGAGAUUCAGAUGUAUCUGGUAGGCACAAAAUGGAGAUGCCUUGAGUAGUUGCUUGGUAAGAGAAUUGCUGUCAGAAGGCUAUCUCAUGCUUUUUUCUGGUGUAAUAUCUUUCAUUGUAUUUAAUGCAUUUAUAUGGGUAUCUGUAGUGUGAGGUUAGUGGAUAGAAGUAGAGGGACUCUGUUUGUAAAUCUGCCAAUUUUUGGGACUUGGUGGAAGGAUGGACGGGCUUGUUCAUAGUCAAAUAGGGGUUCAUUGACAGGUUUGUACUUUGUAGCCCCCCUUUUCACUAAGUAGUCUCCAAUACAUGUGUAUAUACUGUUUUAUUCAUGUAAUGUCAGAGUCGUAGUCUGUGUAAAACCGAGAUUGUGAUAGGGCUCAUAGAAGAAUGUCCCUUGGCACUUUUCUUGUAACUUAAUUACUGCAGUAUAUCGUUUCACCGGAAACAGAUAGAAAUAUGUAGUUUACUUGUUACUAUAGAA